GAAUCUCAGUGAGAGGAGAAAAUUGUCUUAUUCCAAUGUUUGGCUGUCGCAAGCAGGUGCAGUGCAGUGGCAAUCCCAGAGAGUGUUCUUGCAGACUGAUUUGGAAGGUGAUUGGAGGAAGAAUUGGAAGGUGAUUGGAGGAAGAAUUGAAGAUGGCGGCCAGAGGGAUACAAGCAGAAGCGUCCGACGGCAUUGCCAACGCUAGUUCAGGAGUACAUGAACCAAGCAAGCCCUUGAAUGAAGAGGCAUCACAGCAGCAGCAAGGGGGCCAGGAGACCAUGCAGAUGAAGAAGGAGAUCUCUCUCCUGAAUGGGGUCAGUCUCAUCGUGGGCAACAUGAUUGGCUCUGGGAUCUUUGUGUCUCCGAAGGGGGUUCUGAUCUACAGCGGUUCCUACGGCCUGUCCCUGGUGAUCUGGGCAAUCGGGGGAAUGUUCUCUGUGGUGGGGGCGCUGUGCUACGCUGAGCUGGGCACCACCAUCACCAAGUCCGGGGCCAGCUACGCUUACAUCCUGGAGUCCUUUGGGGGCUUCAUUGCCUUCAUCCGGCUGUGGACCUCGCUGCUCAUCAUCGAGCCCACCAGCCAGGCUGUCAUUGCCAUCACCUUCGCCAACUACCUGGUGCAGCCUCUCUUCCCCACCUGCGAGCCGCCCUACUUGGCAUCCAGACUCAUUGCGGCCGCCUGCAUCUGUCUGUUAACCUUCAUCAACUCUGCCUACGUGAAAUGGGGCACGAGAGUUCAGGACGUGUUCACCUAUGCCAAGGUGAUCGCGCUGAUUGUCAUCAUUGUCACAGGCCUCGUCAAGCUGUGCCAGGGGAACACACAGCACUUCGAGUCCUCCUUCAAAGGCUCGUCCUGGAACCCUGGGGACAUCGCCCUGGCCACCUACUCCGCUCUCUUCUCUUACUCUGGCUGGGAUACGCUCAACUUCGUCACAGAGGAGAUCAAGAACCCUGAGAGGAACCUGCCCCUGUCCAUCGCGAUCUCCAUGCCGGUGGUGACUGUCAUUUACAUCCUGACGAACGUGGCCUACUACGCAGUGCUGGACAUAAAUGCCAUCCUCUCGAGUGAUGCGGUCGCCGUGACCUUUGCUGACCAGACCCUGGGUGUGAUGAGAUGGUCCAUCCCCAUCGCUGUGGCCCUCUCCUGCUAUGGAGGGUUGAACUCAUCCGUCAUCGCUGCCUCCAGGCUGUUUUUUGUGGGGUCACGCGAAGGUCAUCUCCCAGACGCCCUGUCCAUGAUCCACGUGGAGCGCUUCACUCCCAUCCCCGCGCUCCUCUUCAAUUGUGGCAUGGCCCUGAUAUACCUGGCUGUGGAGGAUGUCUUCCAGCUCAUUAACUACUACAGCUUCAGCUACUGGUUCUUCGUGGGGCUGUCGGUAGCUGGACAGAUCUACCUGCGCUGGAAGGAACCAGACAGACACAGACCACUCAAGCUGAGCCUGUUUUUCCCCAUCGUGUUCUGCCUGUGCUCAGUCUUCCUGGUGGCGGUGCCCCUCUACAGCGACACCCUCAACUCCCUCAUCGGGAUCGCCAUCGCCCUGUCGGGGGUGCCCGUCUACCUGCUGGGAAUCUACCUGCCCAAGUCCAAGCGACCACCCUGCGUCGGCAAGCUGCUGGCGGUUCUGACCAGAGUCACACAGCUCAUCUGUUUCUGUGUGCUCACAGAGAUGGACGUCAGUGAACAGGGCAAGAGACCCCACCCCCAUCCCAGUGCCUCUCAAUCUGGUGGGGUGAGGGAAGGAUUGGUGACACCGGCAGUGUCCCUAAACGGAGAACACCAAACUGAAGAAACACACAAAGACAGAUAGACUCCAUUAGGAAGGUUUCAUGUAGACUCCUGAACCCUGCUUUCAUUUAAGGUGGGGACUUUAACCACUGGCAGAAGUCGCACUAUUUGAGGUUAUUAACUUCUUACCAGCAGACAGGUGUUUCAAACACUGGGCCUGAAUUCAAACCUCUCUGGUCAAUGUCUUCUAAUCCACAACACUUCAGCUACUGAGCUGCAGCUUUCAGGCGUGCUCUUUACAAACAAAAGUCCUCCGAACUUCUACAUUCCACAUUGUGCUGCCGCUGUCACUCACACUCAGUACUUACCACAUUCCAGUCCAAAAGGAACAAAAAGAACCACCGUCCAUGCUGCACCUAUUUCAAGUGAUGUUGGGGGUGGGGUUGCUGAACCACCUACUGACCUCACCACUUUAAAUGCUCCAUUUGUAUUUCAGUUUUUAUUUUUAAUUAAUUUUCUAGAAUUUUUUUUUUCACUUGGAAGUUGUGGGGUAGGAUAU